AUGGUUUGUAUUUUGGGUAUUGAAAGUUCAGCCAACAAGAUCGGUGUUGGAGUGAUCCGAGAUGGUGAAACGUUGAGCAAUCCUCGACGAACAUUUAAUGCGCCUCCGGGAGAAGGCUUCAGGCCCACUGAAACUGCUGUCCAUCAUCGUUCUGUUGUUGAUGUGUUAAUUCAAGAAGCGCUAGAUCAGGCCAAUAUUAGUGUGCGUACUUUCUUGUUUAUUUUAUUUUGGAGAUUUAGGAUCCGAUAACACAGAUUGAUGGAAUUGCUUACACCAGAGGACCUGGAAUGGGAGCUCCCCUUCAAGUUGGAUGUAUUGCUGCUAGAACGCUGGCUCAGAUGUGGAAUAAGCCGAUCAUCCCUGUUAAUCAUUGUGUUGGUCAUAUUGAGAUGGGUAGAUUGGUUACAGGAGCGGAGAAUCCCGUUAUCUUAUACGUCAGUGGAGGAAAUACCCAGGUCAUAUCGUACCUAAAUCAACGUUAUUCUAUAUUUGGGGAAACUCUAGACGUCGCGGUUGGCAAUUGCCUGGAUAGGUUUGCCCGAGUUCUUAAGCUACCAAAUGAUCCCUCUCCGGGGUAUAAUAUUGAACAGAUGGCAAAGAAGGGAACGAAACUCGCAGAUUUACCGUAUACUGUAAAGGGAAUGGAUAUUUCAAUGAGUGGAAUCUUAUCAAGUAUUGAGAAGAAUACUCCUAAAUGGUUGGCCGAAAGCAAAUACACUCCCGAAGAUCUCUGCUUUUCGCUUCAGGUUUUGUUUCAUGUAGUGUUAUAUAGUUAUUUCUUUAGGAAAUUAUUUUCUGCAUGUUAGUUGAAAUAACGGAAAGAGCAAUGGCCCAGAACAAUGCCAGUGAAGUCCUGAUCGUUGGUGGUGUGGGAUGUAACGAGAGAUUACAGGAGAUGAUGAAGAUAAUGUGUGAAGAAAGAGGGGCCAAGUUAUUCUCUACUGAUGAGAGGUUUUGUAUCGAUAAUGGAGCCAUGAUUGCACAAGCUGGAUACGAGAUGUACAAGUUCAAACAGUUUACACCGAUCGAGGAAUGCACUUACACUCAGAGAUACCGAACGGAUCAAGUAAAAGUUUUGUGGAGAGCGUGA